AUGUUCCAUAAGCGGCAUGCAGACCGGACUGUCCAGAUAUGGCUUCAGAAGUUGAAGGAAUCCCCCAGCACCCGACGGCUCAAUCUGAUAUAUCUUGCGAAUGAGGUCACCCAGCAGUCCAAAGCCCGGCACAAGGAUGACUUCCCACUGGCAUUCGCGCCAAUUAUCGCAGAGGCUGCUGCUGUCGCAUAUAAGGGAGCAACCCCUGACGUGCAGAACAAGGUCCGUCGGGUCGUUGAGGUGUGGAGAGAUCGUGGAGUUUUCGAGCUCCCGAUCCAGAGUGCUAUUGAAACUCGCAUCGAUGAACUCGAUAAGGCCAGAGGCGUCGGUAAGACCGGACUGGGCAACUCCAGCAUAGGGGGCCCAGCCGUGCCAUCCGAACUUGCACCACUUGUCACACCAGCACAAAAUGUGUCCAAACUGGCACUUUCCCUGAAGGCAAAGACCACCAAUGCCGAGCAGGAAUACACCAAAAACACAGAUCCAAAGCAGCCAACGCCAUCUGCGCCGGUUUACGCGGCCCGCCUGAACGGCUUGCUGAAAACCCUCGCCACUGCCGAGGGUGCCGUUGCCGAGUGCGUCAAGGCAAGGACGGAGCUCAUCGGAGCCCUCGAGAAGCUGCUCGGUACGAACAAGGCCAGCCUGGAAGCCGAGGAGAAGCAGUUGGCGGAGCUCGCAGAACGGAAGUCAACCAUCGAGCAGAAGAAGGCCGAUGUUGAGAUGGCCAUCAUGCGAGGUCUGGCUGACCAGACACCGGCUAAUCGCGAUGGUCAAUCAGCCAGUCCUGUGCCUGAGCCCGACAGACCCGAGGUUGAGGCGUUGACCCCACCGCCCAUUGAAGACGAUGCCGACAUGUACAACGCCCAGGGGACUGAUUCCUUCGAACCUGUGCCAGCACAGGAACCUGCCAUUACCCAAGCCCAGCAGCCUACGGGUCUUGAAACACUCUCGAGUUUGGCUUCCCAGUAUUCGGCCGUGCCGGUGUCCACAAAUGGAACGAGUGGUGCGAACAAGAGACGCAAGAUUGAUUCUGCAGACGAAAUUCCAGACCUCGGCGAAGACGGCAUAGACCCUAACAUUGACGAGAUGAUCCGUCAGUGA